AUGAAUUCUCAAAAUAGUAGUCGACAUGAUAGCUUUCAAGAAGAAGAUGUUCUCCCAGACUUCUUCGCAGAAGGUAACAUCUACAAACCGGACGGGGAAUACUACCACGACGGCGAGAAAAUCGCCAAACUCAAGGCUAAAAUUAUGCAGCUAUUGGCAGAUCUUUUCUCGCCCAAAGAGACUGAGCGACCUAUCAUUAGACGUCUCGGUCAAGGUUCAUACAACAUGGUCGUUGGGGUAUCUGUAACUCCCAAGAUCCAUGCACAGAAUAGCGAAUCAAGCUAUAGUGCUAGAGUAACGCGGCUGCUUGGUUCGCCGCCCAAGUCGCAGACCUUCGCACUGAGAAUCCCAGUAGAACCAUGGUUCGACGUGAACGGCGGAUCAGGAAGCCUCAUCAGGAGCGAUAUAAACCAGGAUGUUGCGACUUUGCAUGUUCUAGGCCAGCGCCUUCCAGUACCCAUCCCUACAAUCAAAGAGUUCGACGUCACGGAGAUCAAUGCCCUUCGUCGCCCGUACAUGCUGCAGAACUUUAUACCAGGUGAAAGCCUUCUGAAGCUUUGGAAUGAAAUGAACCUCGACCAAAAGGCGUCGGCGGUUCGGCAAUUGACUAGAAUCGUAGAGACAAUUGCUUCCAUCACCUCGCCAGCAGCUGGUCAGAUUUCCUUCGACAACAUCACUUCGCCAAGCUCAGAGAUCAAGCUGGACCAAAUUCUCAUCCCCACUGCGGACCAGGCGCGUUAUCGACCCAAUCUAAAUCUCAUCGAAAAGCGUGAGGCGCCACACCAGACGCCAUGCCAAUUCCUAAUCGACUGCUGCAAUCGCUGGAUGAGGUACGAGACGUCGAUCGGCAAACCCGACAACUUCAAGGAUACCCUCUGGUACAGCAUCAUCGAAAUCAUCCACGUACUCGACGACAUGGGCUGGCUCGGCGACCGCUUCCACCUCAUGCACGGCGACCUUUUCGCACGCAAUGUCAUGGUGGAAGUCAAUAGCCGCACAUCCGUCAAGAUCACCGGCAUCGUCGAUUGGGACAUGGCUUGCUUCGUGCCUAAGAUUAUCGCACUACGAAGCCCAUUCUGGGCUUGGAAGGGCCCUGGCUGUGAUGAGUCCGACGAGAAUAGGGUGGCGAAACCACCUACUGAUCAGUCCGGUAAGGCGCUGAAGACUGCGUUUCUGAGUACGGCUUCGCAGGAGUACGUCGAUAUGGCAUUGGAGGAUGAGGGUGUUAUCGCGCGGAAGUUGUACAAUGUGGUCACAGAUGGGCUGUUGACGCCUAGACAGCGAGCAAUGGCUGCGGGACUGAUCCAGCAUUGGAAUGUCAUUUGUCCUAAGGAGUAUCCCUCCAGCGUUAGGAAGUUGAAGGCUGCGCUUUAA